GGAGGCACCGGGCCACGCUCAGCAGCCGCAUCCCGCCCCACCGGCGGUGCCCGUCGCGUCGCGUCGCGUCACCUCCCCGCGCCGGAAGUGCGUCAGAGCGGCGGCGCCGCCGGCCCGGCUGGGUGAGAGGGCGGGCGGGGGCUCGGCCGCCGCCAUGAACAGCGUGGGCGAGGCGUGCACCGAGCUGAAGCGUGAGUACGACCAGUGCUUCAACCGCUGGUUCGCUGAGAAGUUCCUCAAGGGCGAGAGCGCCGGGGAUCCCUGCGGGCAGCUCUUCAAGCGGUACCAGCUCUGCGUGCAGAAAGCUAUCAAGGAGAAGGACAUACCCAUUGAAGGGCUGGAGUUCAUGGGCCCAAGCAAAGGAAAAACUGAAAACUCCUCUUGACCUCAACUGUACGGAUGGAGUCACUAACCUGAGCCUUUGGACUAAGUGACAUCACCAGGGAUAAGACCUUUGUUAAGCUGCUUUCUAGGAAGUGAGGAAUCUCCUCUGCUUGUAAAAACAGACAGACAUACACACACAAAAAGACUGGAUGAUGUGGUAACUGCUACCUACUUUUCAGUGAAUUUUGGUGGUGGUUCAGCAUCUAACAGCGUGAAAAGCCGCUUGAACUAACUUCCUAUUGAAUGUACUCUAUAAUGGGAGAACGCUUAGUAGAGUGGGCUGAGAUAGUAGUUGCUUUGUUACCAAUUUCUCUUGCUUAUUUAUAUAACACUUGAAAACGUUUAAAAAGAGUAUGAGGAAGGUUGAUUUACUUUGUCUUAUCUCCAUGCUGCUGAACUUUGGUGGAAGAAGCUUGUUUAUGUGAUCCCGAAUGCUGAGGGGCUGAAGCGUUGUUUUGUAUCAGCAACAGAGAUGGUAUAAAAGCACUCUAUUGGACCUGUAGUAACUUAUCUAAAAUAAAUAUAACCAGGUUAUAUUUUGUUCAAGUA